AUGGCAAAUAAUCAUGACGAAGAGCGAAAACAAACGGCGAGAAGCAGGGUUCCCUUCGCCGAACUCAAUCAAGUCAGCACGGAUUUCGCCAUUGCAAUGGCGUUACAAGAACAAGAGAGGGCUUCCACAAUGCUCACCACCAUCGAAAGUGAGAGUAGCGACGUCGAUGAUCAAACCGAUGAAGAAGAAACUUUCGAAAAUAAUUACGAAUACUUGGAAGGGCAUAAUGAGUUCGAAGCUGAACUAGAGUUCCUGGAGGGACAAGAUAGCAACUCCGAGGCUGAUGAUGCAAUGGAUGAAGAUGAAGAAGAAGAAGAAGAUGAUAUCGAUGUAGACGAAUUAACAUACGAAGAGUUGAUCGCGUUGGGAGAAUUCAUCGGAGAAGAAAAAAGAGGUCUAUCAUUAAAUGAAAUAUCGAAAUGUUUGCAUCCAAGCAAAGGUUCAUUCGACAGCAAAUCGGGUAUCGAUCGUUGUGUAAUCUGUCAAGUUGAAUACGAAGAAGGUGAAGUGGUGGUAGCUCUUCAUGCCAUAUCUUGCAUCAUCUCACCUCAAGAUCCUUCCAACGUGUGA